GGACAGAAUUCACAUAUUAAACACUUCAGUGAAUACUAUUAGCGACAUAACACUAGUUUAAACUCAGAGUCAGUCUGCUACAAGUGGUCAGUAUGGAGGUUUGUUUUGUUGUCUCACCUUCACUGCCCUGUGAGCUGCUUUUUAACGGUUGUCUGAUGCUUUGAAGUUGCGAAGCUCUGUGGUUAAAGUUCACACGCGCUGCUAGAAGCAUGGAGGUGAAGCAGGUAGAGCAGCACUGCUGUGUUGUCAAGGUGUUUGAGGCUUUUUCAUCAAAGAAACCCGUGAGCUGCAGCGGAGUUAUCCUCCAUCCUCCAACUGGAACAGUGAUAUGCACCGGCGUCCCGUUUUCACGUUUCACCACGGACAAAAAGCCUCUCUCGGAGGACCACAGGCUCCUGACACCGCACAGCUUCAGCGAAAAUCUUAAAAUCCACGUCAGCUUUUCCACUGUGCGAGAUUUGGACUCCAACCAGCCUGCACAUGGAGACGCGUCCUCACCCCCGAGAAGCAAAACAACACUACAACGGGAAGUUGGAGCCGAGUUGCUGAUGCUGGUGAACUGCCUGGAGUUCAAACAAGCUUUCCUGGCAGUUUUCCAACAAGCUGACAAGUGGCGUUUCCAUGAUGAGGAAGAGGAUGAGGAGCUGAUCAGGGAUGCCCAAUUCCUCAGCUGGUUCGCUGUGCUCAAGGCAAGUGUGGUGGCAGACUGCAGCCCAGAUGUGGGGAUGAUACCCUGGCUGAGCAGCUCAUCUCUCCAGAAGGGCUGCCCCGUUGUUGCAUGUGGCUCACCUUUCGGCUCCCUCUGCUUAGAUCUCUUCAUCAGCACCCUGAGCAGAGGCAUCAUCAGCAACAUAAGCGGAGAGGACAAUGCUGUCAUCCUCACAGACGCCCGGUGCUUGCCAGGCACGGAGGGUGGAGGGUUGUUUGCGGUGAAAGGCACAGAUCAUGUGCGUCUUGUUGGACUGAUUGUUUCUCCAUUUGGCUGGAAGGCAAACGAGUGGAUAGGCCUCACGCUAAUCUGCUCCAUCCACUUGAUCUUCAGGAGCAUCAUCCGCAGCAUGAGCGUUCAGGAUCCACUCCGAGAUAUUUGGCUCCAACCUGGAGAGGAAGGCCUCCUCAUGUCCACUGCAGCCCAUGAGUCCAACGCUUUCAAAUACCCCACUGUGUGCUUUGUGGACAGCGGGCAGUUCUGGGGCUCGGGGGUUGUUGUUGCCUCUCAGCUGGUUGUGACCUGCCGCCACGUUGUGAACGGGAAGUCGAGAGUCACCCUGAAGUUCCAUGACAGGGACAGAGUCCAUGAUGUUGUGGGCGAUGUGCUGUUUUCCACUAAAGCUUCUUCACCCUAUGAUUUGGCUUUGGUGCAGCUGAGAGACUCUGUUACAAAGGCUGCAAUCCCUCAAAUGGCUCAGAGUUACAAUCCAGGCGAAUCUGUAGUUGUGGUGGGAUAUGGUGGCCUGGGUAGGAGAUGUGGUCCAUCCCUGACCUGUGGUGUCCUCUCAAAAACCAUCAGUUUGAAUGAACGGCCCAUCAUGCUUCAGACCACCUGUGCAGUACAAGCAGGGACCAGCGGGGGCGCUGUGGUGCGGACACACUCAGGAGAGCUGCUGGGUAUCGUGUCCAGCAACACAAGAGACUUGGCUGCCAAAGUGACCUACCCUCACCUGAACUUUAGCAUCCCAGUGACUGUUUUCCAGAGGUUGUUGCAAGACUUUCACCACACAAAGGAUUUUAAUGUGUUCAGGGCGUUGGACAGCACAGAGAAAGAAGUCAGCACAGUGUGGAGGCUUCAGGGUGAACAAAGCAAACUAUAACUGAUGACUCCUGCAACAUGAGAUCUGCUAGAGAACAAGACUGGAUGCUUAAAUCAAUAUGGAUUAUAUGCAAAAUCAUAUUAGAUAAUUAAAUUGAUAUUACGUUUAAUUUUUUAAAAAACUAAAUGGUAUUUUUAAAUGUAUUAAUAAUGUUUUAUACCUCAGUUUAUUACAAACAGGCAAAAAAAAAUCACAAAUGUGAAGGAGUAAAUGUGACUAAAACAAGAAUCAUUCCUUUGUAAUGUUGAUACGCGCACCCAGAAUGAUGCAGUAAACUGAAAUAUUCAUAAGACCACUUAGUAUUAACAGUUAAGCUCAAGCUACUUUAAUACCUACUGAGAGUGUUUUAUUGUACAGUAAUGUAGAGCAAUGUAAUUAUAUUAAUAAAAUGUGUAACCUGGUUGUA